CAUUCUUGCCUUUAUGGUCCGACGUUCUUUUGGUUCAGAGCCACUGAUUCAAAAAUUAGUAAAACCCAUUUAUGUUUAACUCCGAACGUUAGAAAAAACUAUGCAAAGCGUGAAAAUGUAAAGAAAAUUUCCGUGACUUUACAUGAAAUAAAAGGAAAUGAAACAAUUAGUACACUUAGUACGGAUGAAAGAAAUGAAGAAAAGAGAACAAUUA